UUUGUUUUACCGUCUUCUUCAAUUCGCCAUUUUUGUUUACUUCUAAUGAGGUUGCUUUAGAUCAAAUUAAUCAAAAAAAUACAUUACUAAUUUGAAUAUUUUAAGUGAAUAACGAUUUAAUUAGAGGCAAAAGCAAGGAAACAAUACAAUGUCUUCAACUGAUGUUGGUAGUGGAGACGCAGAAACAACCAGUCAGACUGCUGGAGGUGUUGCCGGAACUAAUGGCAUUUCUGAUGCCCUCCAUAAGGUGAUAUCAGCGGAGAGAGAGCGUGAGGCGCCUGACGGAGGGACAGCUAAGAAGUCACGAGUGGACCUCAAGUCUCUACCAACACGACAAUACCUCGACCAGACAGUGGUGCCAAUACUGCUCCAGGCCCUCUCGGCUCUCUCCAAGGAGAGGCCUGACGACCCGAUCAGCUACCUUUCUGCUUAUCUGCUGAAAAACAAAUCACAAUACGAUGCCGCCUCUGCAAGCUCUUCCCAGUAAUCUGUGUUUGGUUUGUCUUCCGUCUAAAUUAUGUGUAAAUUAUUUUGUUACAUUGUUACAAGUACGUGAAUAAACAUAAUGUAAUUUUAAGUCGUGUAAUUUUGUGUCUCAAGUUAAAUAACUAAGUUAAAUCUCGUUUUGAUUUUAAACACAACCCAUGUUACUUUUAUAGCCUCAUCUUGUGUUUUAACAAUGAUGUCGAAGAUUCCAUUUAUUUAGGAAUUACAAACAAUAGACUGAUAAUUUGUUGUAGAUUUUUAACAGUAAUAAUUUGUCUUAUAUGAUUAAAGUUUUGUUUUUUAAA